AUGGGUCUAUUAUUCUUGCAUAACCAACAUUAUCCUCAACCCAUCUUAUGCUUCUUACUCUUCCUUGUUCUCAAAGGUGUUUCAGUUUCCGGUGCAACAUUUACGUUUCUGAAUAAAUGCGAUUACACAGUAUGGCCAGGAAUUUACGGAAACCCGGAACUCGGAACAACCGGUUUCCAGCUCCCAAAAGCAACAUCCAGAACCUUCCAAGCCCCAACCGGUUGGUCCGGUAGAUUCUGGGCAAGAACCGGUUGUCAAUUCGAUGAUUCCGGCCACGGAACAUGCCUCACCGCCGACUGCGGCUCCGGCGAAAUCUCGUGCAACGGAGCAACAGCCUCCCCACCAGCAACACUCGCUGAAUUCACCCUCGGAACCGGUUCCUUAGACUUCUACGACGUAAGCCUCGUCGACGGUUACAAUCUCCCGAUGCUGGUAACCACAAGCGGCGGUACAGGGACCUGCGCCGUUACGGGAUGUAGUACGGAUAUCAAUAAGAGGUGUCCGUCGGAAUUGAAGGUUGCGAACGGUGGCGCGUGUAAUAGUGCUUGCGGCGCGUUUGGGAAAGCGGAGUAUUGUUGUAACGGUGCGUUUAGUAACCCGGACACGUGUAAGCCUUCUGUUUAUUCGGAAAUGUUUAAAUCUGCGUGUCCUAAAUCUUAUAGCUACGCUUAUGAUGAUGCAACUAGCACUUUUACUUGUUCUGCUGCUGAUUAUACAAUCACAUUUUGUCCAUCUUCUAUACCAAGUUUAAAGUCAGCGACGGAUUCGGGUUCUAAUAAUACGAAUGAAACGAGUAAUUCGGGUUUGGGGAGUGGGUCGGAGCAAUCGGAACUGGCUUCAGCUUCGUGGAUGGCUUAUAUGGCUACGGCUUCUGAGGCUUCUACUAGAAGCAGAACUUCAAUGGUUUCUUUGUUGUUGUUGGUGGUGGUUGGUUUCAUUUUUAAUAUUUUUGAGUUUCGUUGA